GUGCAAUCGAUGAACACAUCCGUCAUCCGCCGCCAUUUGCGAAAGGCUGAUCGCUGCUCGGCAGCGCGAGUGUCAUCGGUUUGACUAUGUCGAGUGUAUAAAUUGUUAUUUUCGAUUAAACUGUGAACUCAGUGCGAGAUUAUAAUCAGUUAAAAUGAUUGUGAGGUUUUUGAGCGUUUUGUGCCUCGGAGUUUUGGUGACUUCGGUGUACGGCGCUGAGGGAAACAACGACAAUGAAGACAUUCCAUACUUGGAGCUGGCAGAGCCGGAGGAGGGCUACCAUGGACUGAUCAAGGAGAACGAGACCCUGGUAGAGGUGACUCCUGCCAUCCGAGCGAGAGGGCCGCUCUGCUCCUUCCUCAUACUGAACAACAAGCACCAUGGGGAAGCUCCAUUCGAGAUAAUGGUGAUAGAUGAGAACGAGGCCCGGCUGCGCGUGCGCUACCCGCUCAACUGCGAGAAGCGCCGCAACUACAAGUUUGAUAUCGCCGCCGUAGGAUGCGACGGCUCUUACUCAAACACGGUACCAGUUCACAUAACAGUGACGGAUGUGAACGAAUUCGCCCCGGUGUUCAGUCAGGCAGCCUACGUGAAGUCAGUGGACGAAGGUCGCAUCUACGAUGAGAUCCUGCGAGUGGAGGCCAUUGAUAGAGACUGCACGCCGCGGUACGGGGACGUCUGCAAGUAUGAGAUCCUCACCGACCGCAGCCAGCCGUUCACUAUCGACAACGAAGGUGUGAUCCGCAACACUGAAGCCCUGGACUACGAGAAGUCGCACAACCACAUCCUGUCGGUGGUGGCGUACGACUGCGGCAUGAUGCAGUCAGCGCCUGUCAUGGUCACCAUCAAGGUCAACAAACCCUGCAGGGCUGGAUGGAAGGGAGUGGCGGAGCGCGUAGACUACGCCCCGGGCUCGGGUCCCCUAGCCCUGUUCCCGGCGGCUCGGCUGGAGACGUGUCAGUCGGACGAGCGCUGCCCCGGCGUGACGCGCAUACAGGCCGCCGUGUCGCUGCAGGCCUCGCGCGCCGGCAGCGGCUGCGACCGGGACACGUACUCGCUGCACUCACAGCGGACUAUUUGCGGUCUUGACCCGAAAACGAUCGACCUCCUGCCUAGCCCCGGAGUAGGAAACGAAUGGGCGAAAUCCCUGAAACCAGACUCAGGUCGUGACGGCGAGCAGAUGUUCGAGUUCGACGGCGAGACGACGGCGGCCGUGGUGCCGGAGUCAGUGCUGCCCCACGCCCUGCUGGGCACCUUCAGUAUAUCCACCUGGAUGAGGCACGCACCGCCGCCUGACAACGACAAACAUCGCAAGGAACACGUGCUGUGUCUCGCUGAUGAUCAUAAAAUGAACCGGCACCACUACGCUCUGUUCGUCCGCAACUGUCGCCUGAUCCUACUGCUGCGCCGUGACUUCGGCGAGGGAGACCUCAAUAUAUUCCGACCUGCAGAGUGGAGGUGGAAGCUACCUGAGGUAUGCGACAACGAGUGGCAUCACUACGCGGUGAACGUGCGCUUCCCGAACGUGGAGCUGUUCGUGGACGGAGAGCCCUACCGCGCACCCGACGCCAAGGGGCCGGAGGUCAUCGACGACUGGCCGCUGCAUCCGGCGCAUGGAGUCAACACUACGCUGGUUAUUGGAGCUUGCUGGCAAGGCACGGAGAGCGACAUGAAGCACCACCUGCGCGGCUGGCUGGCGGGGCUGGGCGUGGCGCGCGGCGCCGUGCAGCCCGCGCGCGCGCUCGCCUGCCUCGCGCACUGCCGCGAGGGACUCAGUCUGGCGCCAGACCUCUACCUGAAGUCGGUGUCAGUGGAGGGUGACGGCGUGGCGGACGUGGAGACGUUGCUCCGCCGCGUGGCGUACGGGGACGCGCGCGCCUUCCCCACGCCCGGCCGCAGGAACGUACAUGUCGCUACUACCAUCACCUGCGACAACGGCCGCAUGAUCAAGGCCCGGCCCGCCGAGUCGUACAUAAUGGUGCUGGCCCCGCAGACCCCGUCCAUCCUGCUGAACGGCAGCGAGGACCUGGCCAGGGACUACACACACUUCCGCACUGGACUCACUGUCUUCCCAGACCUCGCAGUCAGGGUCUUGUCUGGAGGAAAUGGACACGCUAUGGCUGAAGACAGCCAGAAGCUGGACUCGUGCGUAGUAUCAGUAUACCCGGCACUGAACCCGGACCACGAGGCACUGUCCCUGCGCGACGUGGCGGAGUUACCGCUGCGGUACGACAUCCGCGCGGCAGUCACGCGGGACGGAGUCAUACUCACCGGCGCCGACACUGUACAGAACUACCAGAAGGUCCUCCGCGACAUAAUCUACAGCAACAAGAAGCCUGCCUACUACCUCAACCGCGUGUUCAAGCUCACGUGCUCCGAGCUCAAUGGACGCUUCACCAGCAACGAGUACGUGCAGACGUUGACAGUGGUGCACCCCCACAUGUCUGGAGCCAGUGAGGCCGGCCUGGCGCGGGAGAUGCAUCCCAGCGGCAUGGCAGACAAGAUGGACGCCGUCGCACGUGACAAACAGUCGGAGCACGCGCACCGCGGCGCGCACGCGCUGUCCCCGCGCGUGUACGCGGCGCACGCGCAGCGCGAGGCGCACGCCGCCGACCUGCCCGCGCCACGACUCAUCGACCUGCGGGACCACCAGCCCACCAACCACGUGGCGCUGCUGAUAGGCGUGGUGUCGAUGGGCGUGCUGGUGGUGGUGGGCGGCGUGGCGCUGGCCCGCGCCCGCGCCUCCCGCGCGCGCCCCCGCGCCCCGCGCGCCCCCCGCGCCCCCGCCGCGCUGCACGCGCUGCGCCCCCGCGGGGACGCGGAGAUGGCCUGGGAUGACUCCGCACUCACCAUCACUGUCAACCCCAUGGAAGAGUCGGUCCCGUCGUGCGGCACGCACGCGGGCGCGGACAGCUCGGACGGGGAGUCGUGCUCCGACUCCGACUCCGAACACCACGACUCCUCCGAUGACGACGACGAAGUGAUGCCAGGCAAGGAGCACAAGUACAGAAACAUCAGCCAACUGGAGUGGGACAACAGCACGAUGUAAUGCGCACGCGCACCUCGCGCACUACUUCAUCUGCGGGGUUUCCAUACACGACACUCGUACAAACAUACUUCGCAACAAAGUAAUAAACACUCUAGACACAUCUAAAUAGAGCUGCGUUUACAAUAAAAGUACAUAAAUGUUCAGAAGUGUAUUUGUACCUACUUUUUAUUUUGUUUGCAAUUCAUUGCGCUCGUCCGACCGUCAUAUCAACAGCAAUGCCUUGUAUACAGCGCAAUGUUUUGUGAAGUUUCUUUUUCUGUCUCUAAGAUGUAUUCUAUGAUGAACAAAACCAAUUUUUCUGAAGAAACAGAGAAUUAAAAAAGAUGAAUAAUUAACUUGCAACUAGAUAAACCCGAGUCUUCAAUCAAAUUGUUUUUGUCGUCGUAUUCCUAAAGUAAGAUAUAUUAUGGCAGCUUUCGUCUACGAUAUAUUCUUGUGAAUAUACUAAGGCAGUCGUAGUCGAAGUACGCCGGACGUACUUAAUGUAUAGCCCAGUAUGGGACAUUAUCUAUAUUACUUUUCUAUUUUCUUCGUGUAUAGAAACAUCGCAACUCGAAACAAAGCGAGAUAUUCAGUACAUUUCGGAAACGGAAUUGAUUUCAAACCCGCGUCAGUCGGUUAUCGUACCUACGUAGUUAUAUGGAAGCUUUCAGCACAAACACACGCGUGGCACAAGACUUCGUAUGUCGUCGCGAGCCGUGCACGGGACGGACACGACACGACACGACAUUUACUGGCACGAGAAUGACAGCUGCACAAUUUGAGAUUAUUUUUUACAUUUAUUGAGAUUAUUGGAACACGAAAAUCUAGCUGAACGACUCGAAUAUUCAAUGUGACAACCGCAGAUUUUCCCCAGCUGUCAAUCACCUGUCAGUAAGUAACGUGUGACGUCACUGGCUGCGCGUGAGUCGCUCCCUGACAUCGCUCGCGACGUCAUACAUUUUAUUUGUAGUCUAUUCUAAGGUCUUUAAAAAAUGAUCAUAUCAAAUUUAUACGUAAAACGAAAUAUUAUUUUGUCUCCUCGCUUGCUUUCGUAGAAGGAAAUAUGUCGUUGUUCUAAAUAUAGAGCUCUUACACUUUUUCUAUUCGUUUCUACACUUAAGACAAAUGAAAAAAACCUGUAUGUAUUAAAUCGUAGUCGUUGUAAUUUCGUAUGGAAUCGGUCAUAAGAGGAUAAUUAGUAUGUAAGCGUCAGAUACUAUGUUGUAUAUUAUUGGAUACAUAAGGUAACGUGCGCUUCACUGGUUCAACGUUCAGUUGCAGGGCGGGGACACGUGGCGCCCCCCCGUGGCCCCGCCGUUGUCCGCAUUUAGUUUAGUACAAGGGAAAAAGACGCAUUUAUGUUACGGUACAAACGCUUCGUGACUCCCCAUGUGUGUAGGUUUUAAAGUAUUUGUCUUUCGACAAAAAAUGUCCAACACUUAACCCUUUACGAGCUUCUCGACAAAAUCGGCUUAAAUGUAUAUUAGGCACAGAGUUAUUUGAGAAAUAAAUAGAUGUACGAUAUUAUACACAUUAUACAGAUGGUAUCGAUUUAGGAUCAGCUACUAUAUAAUGAACUAUAUUAAUUAUAUAUAUAUUUUGAAUGCGUUAAGGGAUUUUUACUAACAAUUAGGUACUAAGUGGCUAUGUGUUAGUGACGCUCGCGACCUCUGGCGGAUGGCAAACGAAGACGUCGUGUAGACCUAAGUAUAGGUAGGAUCUGUUCUAUGUUCUGUCCUGCUCGCACGCGCGGCGCUGGCUCGCUCUGUCUCUCUCGGACGUUGCAUAUCAAGGACCGUUUGCCAUAUUAGCAUAGUUGUGUGUAAGAAGGACUGUAAGCAAUGUUGUGGACAUAAUCAUCGGUGUAACUGUAGUGACGUCACGUGCUGUUUCUCUUCUCUUGUGUUGGGUGUGGCGUGUCCAGCCCCGCCCGGGGCAGCGACCAGCGUGGCCGGCACUUGUUGACUUUCUAAAUUAUUUCGUUAGUAGAUGAACAAUUUUAGUGCCAUUUUUUAUUUCGUACAACGAUUUGUUUCGCCGGACAGUUGUUCGUUGCCCCCUGUAUAGUUUGUUGAUGUCCACCUGACAACCGUCCAGUCCCCCCUCCUCCCUUACUAGUAAGAUCUGAACAGUUCGAGUAUUACUCGUAACUCCGCACAAAGCAGUCCCCCCCCCCCGACCACCCCUCCCCCCCACACGCCGUGUGUCCCGAACUAUCCUGAGGUAGCUACUUUAUUUUCUUUUGUUUUAACUUUUUACUAUUUUAUUGUAAUACGUUUUUUUUAUUUUUUUUCUUUUUGUAUUAUCUCGGUAUUAUUACUAUAUAAUUAGGGAACUUCUUUGAUGUAUGAAUUAUUAUAUUUUAGCUAAAAAUAAAGUUGGUUUAAAAUAUU